UUGUGCGAUAGGCAGGUUGGAAUAUCGAUUUUGAUCAUUUUACGAGGAUGGGCAAUACAUACGAGAGUACAGCGGAUGAAAAUGCAGGCAGCAGCUACCACGGGAAAGCGUAACGCCGACUGACAUGGCACCGAGGGAGACGAACGACGACGUCGUACCAGAGUAGACGGAGAGAGAGACUCACACACGCAAAAACACACACACGGUCACUGUGCGUGUUCACCAUGGACUACGUCUUCAUACAACAGUUGCGUGUGUUGCUGCCAUUAGCCUGUGUGAUCCCGGUCGGCCGGUGUGCUAAUUUGACGUAUACGGAAGUUACCAGUUCUGUUUUGGGACAUUCCCGGAGUUCGGAUGGAACCCUCACAUGGGGCGGCUUGCCGCAAGCAACAUACAAUGGCGUCAACCGCAACGCCCCGAGUUCACCGUGGGAACUCACAGUUGCCUUUACCCGAGUCAUCAUCAACAGCGUACAGACACAAAACUUCCCAUACGACACGGUGCGCGGGAUGAUGAAGGGUCACUUCAACAUGAAAGACAUCGAGAAGUACGUCGUCAACAUCGCGAUCGCGUGUUUCACGGCGGCGCUACUUGUCAUGUUCAUCGUCAUCUGCAUCGUGGUGUACGUCCGACACGAGUUCCGCAAGCGGGACAAGCAGAAGUACUUCGUGAAGAGACCCACAAUGAACGCCCGGGCGUCCGCCUGGCUCACGGCCGGCGUCGUUGUCGGAUCAGUUAUCAAUUUAAUAUUUAUAAUUUUGGUGACGAUAGUCAGUAUACACACGUACAAUGGUUUUAAAGAACUAAACGAGAGAGUCGGCGGGGCAAUGACUGACGUUACCAAGUAUUUCAACAAUACAAAAAACCAAUACGAGUUCGUGACGUCAGUGACAAAUGACUGGCUUAGCAGAGACGUGCUGGGUACCGACCUUGACAAAAUCGGCUACUUAGUAUGGGAGCCCGGACGAGACUCGUUUCUCCCGACCGUGGCCCCAGUCUAUUCAUCUCUGGCUGAUCUGGACGCACGCACCCAGAAGGUGUUGACCCUGCUCAAGUCGGUGGACACGAAGGUCUCGGACAUCAAGGCCGGACUGGGGACGCUCAUGAAAACCAACAUCACCGACCUUCACUUCGCGCUGACCGCCACCUACAACGACUGGUCUUGCAUCGGCUGCGACGGAACAUGUGCCGGGUGCCAGCCUAUCGUGGUCAAUGAUAUAUUCUACCAGACUGAUUUCGAUAAGCUUCCGGACAUUACCGGAAAUAUUGCUCAAAUGAAUACAAUAGUAGCGGCGCCAACUUCAGGAUCUAUGCAAAGCCCAGAGUAUUACUACUACAACGGUAUCCCCGACAUCCUGAAAAGUAGAUACACGUCUGUGAUUGUCGAUUUAAAUAAUACUAUUAACAACUACAAGCGAAUCGUUAAAGAGUCGAUAUCACCGUUAUUCUUUCCAACAGAAUCUGAUAUGUAUUUCGAUACACUGCGAGGUAAAAUGGAUGAUUUCCACAAGAUGUUGGUAACGGGUGAUAAAACUCGAUUUGGCUUCACGUGGAUAUUUAUCAUGUUCAACUCCGCUGGGAUCCUCUUCAUCAUCAUCUCACUACUCAUUAUAAUCGCCGAGAAAAGGAAGGCGAGGAAAGAGAUCGAACCGGAGUACCAUUUGGCAAGAGUGUUUUUGGCCGGGGUUGUUAUCGGCUACAUUGUGCUGGUUCUCGGCUUCAUCAGCGUGGCGAUGGUUAGUUUCUACGGCGGCGCCAACCUCGAGAAGGCGGCGUGUCAGCCGGGCAAGGAUAUGUCGUUUGUGGAGCAGGUAAUCGAUUUUCCCGGAGCUGUUAGUGGGUAUCCUGGAUAUUUCUUGAGUUCUCUUAUUUUGAAUAAUGGAAACUAUGACCUCAAAGUAGCAGACACAUACAGGGCGUGUCAACUGAACGACUAUGCCUACAGAGUAUUCAAACAAAACAUCACAGCUCCCAAUCUAUAUUCCGAUUUAAACUAUACGGCGCCGUUCGUGAACACCAGCGCCAUGUUUGACCAGCUUUACACCUCUCUUCCAAGCGUGAUCCUGGUUCCCAGUGAGUUUGAGACGUGGAUCACCCAGUUCCAGACAGCCACCACUCUCAACAGAACCAGCUUUGACCUCAUUCUGAACAGAACUGUGGUACGAGCUGACUUAACACCAUAUACCGAUAACCUGGUAUUCAUCGCCAACACGUCGACAGUGGAUGGAGGACCGCUAGAGCCUGCCAAGUCAAGACUGUUCAGCAUUGCUGCAGACCUCAAGUCCAUCCAGCCUAGCAUUGACCAGCUGACCAUUCUCAAGAACGAUGUUUGGGCUGAUUUUUCUGCACUAAAGGCCGAAGUGGAUUAUAUAAAUAAUGUUACGACCCUGGCUGUUCCACAGCUAAGAAGUGUAGAAGCGUUAUUGCAGGGAAAAUUCCGGGACAUAUAUUACAGACGGUGUGAAUCGCUAUCGAGCGGGAUUUCUGGAUUUCCUAAAACAGUACACACAACAGAGUCACAGCUGGAUACCCGAUAUAGGACUGUGCAAGCCGUUAACAGAAGCGUAUGAUGCGGUGGUCUACAGCUUUUGUGAUAACCUGGCUGACUUUGAGAAUGUUCUGUGGAUGUUGGUGGGUAACAACGUGGUCGUGUUGAUGGUAAUGACCGUGCUAAUCAUCGCGGCAGUCUACCACAUUCCAGACGGGCUCACAGAGGAGGACUACAACAUCGACACUGAUUUUGAAAGUGUAUUUGGCAAUGGUAACCCGCCCGAAGGUUUUCUAAAAAAGGCUAUUUACAACUUCGUCGGUGGAGCUUCUCCUAUAUAGACGUAUACGACAUCCCACCAUCCAUCGACAGUCUGCCAACUUUAAUGUCGAUCAUCUCCUUUUGAUUGAAAUAUUCCGAAACUUUAUUCUGGGUCAAAGUGACUUUUUAAAAUGGUUUUCAUUGUAAAUAAUUUUUAAAGAUAUAAUAAAAGAAAAAGGAAUGAUUCAUAAUUUCAAGUUUUUAUGUUCCAAAGUGUGGAUGAAACAAUUGUAAACGGUGAUAUCACGAAAUAACUUUGUUUUGAUUUCUGAGAACAAGAUUGCAACAACUUUCAGCUCAUAUAAAACAUAAUUUCUGUACAGUACAUGUUCCAGCACACAAUAACCCCGGGGGUAAUGCUGUGGUUAUAUAUAUAUAUAUAUAUAUAUAUAUUCAUUAUAUAUAUUUAUAAACCAUAGCAUUACCCCCGGGGUUGUUGUUUAGAGGUACCUAUGAGACAGAACCUGUAAAUUACAGGUGAAUUUGCAUUAUAAUCUAAUUAAUUGAUUUGCAUAAAUAGUACUUAUGACAACUGAAAUCGGAACAACAAAUUGCAAAACCGUUAUUAUAAUCAAAAUUCGUGUCUUACCAUGACUUAUUUUCGUGCUUAUAUCCAAUUAAGGUUCAAGCACGCUGUCCUAGGCACACACCUCAGCUAUCUGGGCUGUCUGUCCAGGACAGUGUGUUAGUUGUUAGUGAUUAGUGAGA